AUGGCGCACAAAGUUGUUCUCUUUCUCCUCCCUUUUGUCUUGCUCUUCAUCAUUAAUGGCCACGGAAGCUUUGCCAGAGAUAUGAAGAUUCAACAAGAGAAUGAAAAACAAGCUGACCAACCUUAUCUUGAUGGCUGGCUCAAAAACACUCCACACAAGAAUGAAAACAUCAACCCAAACUCUAAUGCCGCUUACCUUGAUGGAUGGUUGAAAGAUACCAAGGAUCAAAAGGAAAAGACUACCCAAAAUUCCAAUCAAGUUUACCUUGAUGGCUGGUUGAAAGAUAGCCAAGCAAAGUCCACCCCCAACGCCAAUCCAGCUUAUCUUGAUGGAUGGUUAAAAGAUGGCCAAAAAGCAAAAUCCACCCCAAAUGGAAACCAAGCUUACCUUGAUGGAUGGUUGAAAGAUAACCAAGCUAAGAAGGCAAAAUCCACCUCAAACUCCAACCAAGUUUACCUUGAUGGCUGGUUGAAAGAUAGCCAAACAAAGUCGACCCCAAACUCCAACCUAGUUUACCUUGAUGGAUGGUUGAAAGAUGUUUACCUUGAUGGAUGGUUAAAAGAUGGCCAAAAAGAAAAAUCCAACCCCAACUCCAACCAAGCUUACCUUGAUGGGUGGUUGAAAGAUAGCCAAGCAAAAUCUAACCCUAACUCCAAUCAAAUUUACCUUGAUGGUUGGUUGAAAGACAUCCAAGCAAACCAAGCAAAAUCCAACCCUAACUCCAAUCAAGUUUACCUUGAUGGUUGGUUGAAAGACAUCCAAGCAAAGUCGACCCCCAACUCCAACCAAGUUUAUCUUGAUGGAUGGUUGAAAGAUGGCCAAAAGGAAACAUCAACCCCUAACGUCAAGCAAGCUUACCUUGAUGGAUGGUUGAAAGAUAGUCAAGCCGAGAAAACAAAAUCCAACCCUAACUCCAACCAAGUUUACCUUGAUGGAUGGUUGAAAGAUAACCAUGACAAAUCCAACCCUAACUUCAAUCAUGUUUACCUUGAUGGCUGGUUGAAAGACAACCAAGCAAAGUUGUAA